UUCAAGAGAUGAACGUCGCUUAAUGAAGGCUGAACUGCUGAUCUCACUCAGAAUGUCUCUGACUGUUUCUCUGCUGUUUCUGCUCUUCAUCUCUGGAGUUGUUGCUCAGGAUGGGUGGGCUGUGAAUUACAUCUCUAAAUCUAUGUGUGCUCUAAAGGGGUCUGCAGUGACCAUGAAGUGUACUUACACAUAUCCCAGUGGUCACUCAGUCCAAAAAGCUUUCUGGACUAAAGAGCUGGUUACAUCUGGUUCAGAACCUCCUGAUCUGUUAGAUGAUCCAGAGUACAGAGGCAGAGUUCAGUACCUCAGAGAUAAACAACCCAAUGACACCCUCAAACUGAAGACUGUGAGAGAAAAGGAUCAAAGUAAAUACUACUUCACAUUUAUAACAGACCAACCUGGAGGAAAGUAUCAAGGUGCAGGUGGAGUUGAUCUUUCAGUCACAGAUCUCCAGGUGGAGGUUCCUGAGAGAGUGAUAGAGGGAGAUAAAGUCACUCUCACAUGUAGAACCACCUGCAGUCUGACAGUCAGACCAACAUUCACCUGGUACAGAAAUAGACAUCGUUUAUCCUCCAGUACUGACCAACUCCACCUGCAGUCGGUCAGCAGAAAGGAUGCAGGCAAAUAUCGCUGUGCUGUACUGGGUCUGAACUCUCCUGAGGUCACUCUGAAUGUCAGAUAUGGCCCAAAGAGUAUCUCAGUGUCCAUCAGUCCCUCUGGUGAAAUAGUGGAGGGCAGUUCAGUGACUCUGACCUGCAUUAGUGAUGCAAACCCACCUGUGCAGAACUACACCUGGUUUAAAGGAACAUCAUUAGUAGCAAAAGGAGAGACUUACACAAUGAACCAGAUCAGCUCUGUGGACAGUGGAGAAUACAAGUGCAAGUGCCGUCAUGAACAUGGAGAGAAAUACUCUGAAGCUCUAACUCUGAAUGUUUUGUAUCUUCCAAAGAACACAUCAGUGUCCAUCAGUCCCUCUGGUGAAAUAGUGGAGGGCAGUUCAGUGACUCUGACCUGCAGCAGUGAUGCAAACCCACCUGUGGAAUAUAACUGGUUUAAAGGAACAUCAUUAGUAGCAAAAGGAGAGACUUACACAAUGAACAAGAUCAGCUCUGUGGACAGUGGAGAAUACAAGUGCAAGUGCAGUAAUAAACAUGGAGAUAAAUACUCUGCAGCUCUAACUCUGAAUGUUUUGUAUCCUCCAAAGAACAUCUCAGUGUCCAUCAGUCCCUCUGGUGAAACAGCAGAGGGCAGUUCAGUGAAUCUGACCUGCAGCAGUGAUGCAGACCCACCUGUGCAGAACUACACCUGGUUUAAAGAAGGUGGAAGCUCACCUGUAGGAUCUGGACACAGUUACAGGGCUCUACAGAGUGGAUCCUACUACUGUGUGGCUCAGAAUCAAUACGGAACUCAGAAAUCAGCUGCAGUGACUGUCACUGUAAAAGAGGCUAAGAUUUCAGUUGUGGUGUUUGCUGUUCUUGGGGUCGUUGCUGGAUGUGGAUGUUUUUUUGUCAUCAUGGGUGUUUUGGUGUUUCAGUAUGUAUGUGCAUCUUAAGUCACCUGACUGGAA